CACAAGCGCUCCGCAUAAGUGCACGUGUUGAAUAGAACGCUUCUUGAUAUCGCGAUAAGUGCUGUGUUAAUAACGGAUUUUUUUCGUGUCGUGGACCGACGAGUUUCUUUAAAUUUUGAGAACCAGUAAUGUCCACUGAGUAACCGAAAUCAAGAUGGCGGCCGUAGGUGCAGUUCUCCUGGAAUCCAGGCCUUUUAGGCCCUUUAAGUCCUCUGAGGAGUACUUGUAUGCCAUGAAAGAGGACUUGGCUGAGUGGCUGACAGUCCUGUACCCUGAACUGAGGAUCAAUGCUGACAAUUUUCUCGAUAGAUUGGACACUGGCGUCGCUUUGUGCAGGCACGCGAACGCCGUCCGUGAAUCAGCGAAGCAGAUUUUGGAAUCCCUCAAAACUGAUACAGAAGAAGCCAUAACCCUAGCUAGAGCCCUUCGAGCCCGGCCACCAGUUAAUAUGCUCCCAGCCGCUAAAGCGGGAACCUUUUUUGCCCGAGACAAUCUGUCCAACUUUAUCGACUGGUGCAGAAAGGCACUAGGUAUCCUGGAAUGUCUCCUAUUUGAAACUGACGAUUUGUGCCUAAGGAAAAAUGAGAAACACGUGGUUCUUUGCCUCUUGGAGGUUGCUAGAAAAGGAGCUGUCCUCGGUAUGCCAGCACCCUUGCUGGUUCAAAUGGAGAAGCAGAUUGAAAGGGAGUUAGCUGGAGAAGAGUUAAGGCCAGAUGACUCGGCACUGGGACUGGUUCCGUCUGGGCCGCAACCGCAGUUGGUGACUAAUGACUUGAGAAGUCUAGAUGAGAGGGUCAGGGAUUUGGUAGAAAGGUGCUCCUGUCCCACACAGUUCCCAAUGGUGAGGGUUUCUGAGGGAAAAUACAGGAUUGGGGACACAAGGCUGCUAAUUUUUGUUCGGAUUUUACGUUCGCAUGUAAUGGUUCGAGUUGGUGGCGGCUGGGACACAUUGGCACACUACUUGGAUAAACACGAUCCAUGCCGUUGCAAGGCACAACACAGAACAUCACUCUCCGCUCGGCUUGCGAGACCUAAACAGGACCUCGCUGGCGCUACAGUUACCUAUGAAAGACCAGACUUUAAAACAUAUGAACCAGUUUCCAUGCCAUAUCAAUCCAAACUCUACAACGACGAGCCACGGAGCCUCCAGUAUCAAUCCAAUAACAAACUAGAUGCUCCGACCAGUCUACCAUACUUUGGAGAUAUAGACAGGGGUGCCAGCCCUAGCAGGAAGCAUUUGGCACCACGAACACACAGUCCUAGCAGAUGCUCUUCAUCUCCGGAUCGAAGGACCAAAAUUGUGCCGACCAAUCACCUGGUACCAACACCUUUGGGGGUACGAAAUAAGAGUCCAAGACCUGUUUCUCCCGCUCCAGCAGUUGAGAGUGCAUCCGAUAAUGGUUCAGAAGUGUCCGAUGAAGGGUACAGGAGUUUGGGAGUGGUGGCUGGUUCCACCCAGGGAUCGCCGUCUACGAAGACAACGAAUAGAUAUUCGCUUCACAGCCAGACAUCAAUGGAAGACGCUGAUUUUAGCGAGCGUCUCGACCACGACGACGGCUGUCAUGUCGAUAAGACUGAGCGUGUCGACGACUACGUGAGUCUGACCACUGGUCUCCGCAAGACUGAUUUCUCAGACACCUUCUACGGAGGCAGGAAGGCUAACUCAGAAGACAAGUCCAAUCGCGCGAGCCCCGAGUGCAUUGUUGUCCACGAAAAUAACGAUUCCCCGAGCAAAAGCCUUCGACCAACUAGAGAGUUAUCUGAAUCGCCAACGAAAACUAUUCGAAAUCGACAAGCCAGCAGAAUCCCUCACUCCCCCGUUAGAAACCGGACUCCUAGCAGAGGAAACACACCCAGCCCAAAACACACCCCUGUACAAUCGUCCCCAAAACUUACCCCCAAGCUACCACCUACAUCCAGAAACACGUGGGGUGGCAGGACAGCUCCGAACCAGGCUAAGACAAAAUCGCGACCCACUAUCGGUACUGACACAUUUGACAAUCCAAAUAAGUCUCCAAAAACUAAGCCAAAAGUCCAAAAUGAGGCUUUUAAACGGAAUUCCCCUUUAAGGGCGAGCAGCGCCACCUUACGGUCUCCACCUCAGAAACCGUUAAGCCCUCUGUUAGAGCAAAUACUCCGAUCAGCGGAGAGCGCAAAAGAUGAUGCGUCAGUUUUAGAAAAAAUGAAGGAAAUCAUUAGGACAUAUUCUAAGGGAGAAGAUUCUCUGUCUAGAACAAGUUCAAAAGACUCGGAUUAUGCGGAUUUUACGUCGGCCUGGGUGAUGUCUGAUGGGAAGCUGGAAAGAUCCACCAGCACCAGGCAGCUGGCUGCCCCCAGAAAGGACCGUGGUGCUUCCAGAAUUCCAGCGCCCGUAGCUAUUGGUUGUCGGCGGUCUACGUCGACCACACAGUUCCAGUGACCGAUUAAGACUGAAAUAAGUUUUAGUAAACAGUGAAAUUGCUUUUAUAGAGUUUAUUAUAAAGCCGGGUGACAAAAUGUUCACCUUAUAUUAAAAUAGAAACAAAACAAACAGAUAUGAAGAUAAAAGUUUCUUGUUGGUAAUCCCGGCUGUAUGUAGACGAUAUAUCACUACCAUAUCUAUAAAGAUAAGUAGUUUAUUCGAAUUUAAGUCUAACAAUGUACUAAUUAUUCAAUAAAGAAUAUUUGUACUAACAGUGACAGCUCACACGCACUUGUUUUGUGACAGUUGACAUUAGUGUCACGAGCAGAUACGUGUUUUUAAUUUUGACGCAAUGACAAAGAAAAUAUUAGAUGGUGCUAAUUUUAGCUUAUUAUAGUUACUUUAAUUUUUUACGAAUUAUUUAUAAUUAGUUUCUGACGUUGGUAUGUUUCAAUAUUUUAAUAUUAGAACAUACAAUGUUUUUCUAUAGUAUUAAUUAUAAGCAGUCCGGCUCAAUUAUAAUUCAAUUGGCUCAAAAACCUUUUGCAUUUAGAAAGUCAUUCCAAUAAUGCUGGGAAUUUGGCAAUUUACUUUUUCAGUAAUCUCAUUUAUUCCUGAAUAAGAUAGAGAGCUAAUGAUUUCGUGGAAAUAAUCAAAUUACCGAUUACCUAAAUCAAUGGCAACUAAUUAUUAUUGAUCAUUAAUUAGUUGUGAUAAUUGUAACAUACUUGUAAGUUUGUCUAAAUAAAUUUGGCAAUAACAAUAGCUUAGGACGUUAUCGUUUUAUGUCGUCAAAUUGGAAAUGAGAUAAGGUAAUAUAUUUUGUCAAAUUGACGACAAAAUUCGAAUGACGUAAGAAAAGGUCGAUUUCGUAGAAAAUAUAACUUUAAGAUAGAGAAAAUCUAUUCAAAUCGAUUUAAAAUUGUAGGACUGUUCAAUUUUGUAUGCACUUCUACGUCGUAAGGAUCUAAAAACACAAAAAAACACUUUCAUACCUCACUAGUAUACAAGGGCAAAUGUAGUAUUUUUUCACCAUGUGACCACAGCCGUCCAUUAUUUGUGGCGUAGUGUCGCUUCUUUCAUUUUAAUAGAAAAUUUAAUGUUUAAUUAAAUUAAUGUUUGAAGCGAUGAGCGUGUCGAACGUCGUUUUGGUAGAACGCGAAAACCUGGGUAGUCCUGCGCUUACUGUAGCUACUGGUUGACGAUUAUUUUGCGCCAUCUACCAAAAUUACGAAGUGAAAAAAAUGGCCUGCGUAUUAUUUUCAUUUGCUGUUAACCUAUGCUUCCAAAGCCCUGGAUACCAGAAGUUUUUAAUUGUUUUUUUUUUAACUAAUUAUCCCAAUACUGAAAUUAAGAGAUCUUAUUCUUGGCUAAUGUAUCCUGUUUAUAUACAGUUAUCAUUAAAUUAUAUGUUAUUAUAGUAUGUUAUGUGAAGACUUUUGUAAUCUGCAAAUUAUGAAGCUCUUGCUUAUUUAGGAAAAAGUUAUGUAUUUCUCACUAUUUAAUUCUAACUUAACUGUUAAAGUACAGAUAACACAAUAUGUGUGACUUCACACUUUCCAUUUCGGCAAAUAUUCUCACUGAGUGGAGUAAGUUUUCAUUUCUUUGACAUUCUUUUUAAUUCUAAUUAAUUUAUUAUAACAAAUCGUAAAAGAAUAUUUAUUAUUUAAUUGUGGUGUCUGUACUUAAACAUUAAAUUGAGUAAUAUUUAUUGAAAUAAAUAUUCUCAGUGUUCUAUGUUUUAGGUAUGUUAUAAAACAAUAAAAAAUAUUUAACAAAAACAAUUAAUUUAAGAUCUUGAUUUUAAUUUUUUUAUAUCAAUGUAGGUUUAUUAUUGUAUAGUUAAAUAUAAUUAUUGAAAUUAGUUUACAUUAAAAACUGAGAAUAAUUAUUUUUUUAAAUGUCUGUUUCUUACAUCUCUGUUUCAAUGUUAAAGUUUUUCACCCUUUUUUUAUAAAAAUAAACAUUAGUUUUUUUAUAUAAGGGGUUUUGAUACUGUGCUUGACGCAUAUAUUUUAUUUACCUAAACGUGUUAUUAACGUUGGAACAUAGAUGUCGCUGUGCUAGAGGCUAAGUUUUCGACUUAUGUUACCAGUAACUAUGCCAUAGAAAUUGUUGUAAUUCAUACAAUUAAAUAUUAAUGGAAAA